AACCAUGGAAAUUGCAAUUUGCAAACAUGGCGCUCGCGCUCUCGUCGGCAUGUCCUCCUCCUCCACUCCGCAGCAGUCGUCGUGGCGGUUUUCGAACAAGCUGCUCGAUCUUCGCGAAUCCAGCACAGCGAGCCAAGCGGAAGCUGCUUGAGCUGAUCUCCGAGGAGGAUCGAGGUGUGAGAACCCAGAAAGACGCCACGAAGCGAGAUGCAAUCGUGGAUGCCAUCGAAUCCAUGGCGGUUAUCGGACGCAGCUCCAUCACCACGGGAGAAUCUCUAUCUUCCACUUGGCGGCUCCUGUGGACGACGGAGAAGGAACAGCUAUUCAUCAUAGAAAAGGCGGGCUUGUUUGGGACGACCGCCGGAGACGUUUUGCAGGUGAUCGAUGUGAAUAAACGGAUCCUCAAUAACGUCAUCACUUUCCCGCCGGACGGAGUUUUCUUCGUACGCUCUGAUAUCGAGAUCGCUUCCCCGCAGAGAGUCAAUUUCAGAUUCAAUAGUGCGGUGUUGAGAGCGAAGAACUGGGAGAUCCCACUGCCACCAUUUGGGAAGGGCUGGUUUGAGAAUGUGUAUAUGGACGCUGAGAUCAGAGUGGCCAAGGACAUCAGAGGAGACUACUUAAUUGUUGAUCGUGCUCCUUAUAACUGGACUGAAUGAUUUGUAAUUUGUGAUGCUUCUUGUAUAAUACACCAUUUCCUUCUCUCAACCCCUUUACCAUUGUGCCUCAAAUAGAUGAUGCAGGAAUAUAGGGAGGAGGAAGAGGAAUAUAAGGAUCAUUCAAAGUGUGA